CAAGCCCAGGCGUAUAGACUUUUGAAGGCCACCGUCUGCCCCGAGGGCUUUUUGACCAGCUCUUCGCGCGGUAUAUAGAGCACCUUCGGAGGCUUCAGAAGCACAGUACGGUCCCAGACUCACUCAACAAACAUCACCAUGAGGGCUUUGGUUGUAUUGGCAGUGGUGGGCUUGAGCUCCGCUUUCAUCCAGGACGCUCCCGAUGUGGCCGCCGAGAAGGCUCGCUUCUUGGCGUCCUUCCAAGCCGCCCAACAGGCGGCCGCCUCCGCCCACAGGAACAUCAUCCCAACCCACCAGGCCUACAGCAACCAGGGGCACUACCAGCCUCACCACCAGGGGCAGUACCAGCCCAAAUGGACAGGACCCGUAGCUGCUACCGUGCCCGCCGGAGUCAACGGCGCCAUCACCCCCGUCGGCGACACCGCUGACGUCAGCGCCGCCCGCCAGGCCUUCUUCAGCGCCUACCAGUCCCAGCUGGCAGCUACUGCCGGCGCCCCUGCCCAUCACAACUUCAUACCCCACCAGGCCCACAACCCAGUCCACCACACUCACCACCACCAGGCCCAGUUCACACCCAAGUGGACAGGACCUGUGGCUGCCACUGUGCCUGCUGGAGUCGACGGAACCGUCACCCCCGUCGGUAACACAGCUGACGUCAACGCUGCUCGCCAGGCCUUCUUCAGCGCCUACCAGGCUCAGCUGUCAGCAACCGUAGGGGCUGCCCCAGCGUUCCCUCAGGCUGUUCCAGCCCACGUUCCAGCUCAUACCUUCAAUGCAGUGCACGCUGCUCCUGCCCAGCCCAAGUGGACUGGUCCAGUAGCUGCCACAGUUCCUGCUGGUCUUCCAGGCUCUACCAGCCAGGUGGCUGACACCCCUGAAGUCCAGGCAGCAAAGGCUGCCUUCUUCCAGUCCUUCCAGAGACAGGUGGCGGCAGCAGCACCCGCAGCUCCUGUUUGGGGAUAAAUGAACGUACUGUGAUACUUAGGUUAAGUUGCACUUAAAAUGUAAAUAAAGUAAACCAUAUGUACAUUUAUGUUAAAAAUCACAAAGUUUCAUAACAGGAUCCGAAUUAAAAAAUUAAUAAACAUUUUCCAAAAUA